AUGCCAGUAUCACCUCCAGUUCUUGUAAAAUUUGAAGAUGAUUAUUCUGUAGAUGAGAGCUGUGGGCCUACAAAUGGAUUAUAUUCAGAUGACAGCAAUGACUUUUCAUUGCUAAGCCUUAGAGAAAUUAAGAAAAAUGAAAAUGACACUGACAAAAGCGAUAAUGAUGAGAUUCAAGAAAAUAAGGGGAUGGGCAAAUUAAAGGUUUUAGAGACACUGAUUAAUUCAUUACCUGAAACUAACAUACCUGGAGCCAUAAUUACAAGCAAAACGGAUACAUUGAAGGUAGAGAAAGAACUGCUUGAUGUGCAUAGUGAGACAAAGACCACAACUACAAAUGUUAAGAAGAAGGUUAGAAAGGGAGAGAUACCGCAAGAUGCUUAUCAAUGUUGUAUAUGCUUACAGAAAUUUGAUAAGAGGCCAGACAUAUUACAGCAUUAUAAAUCACAUGCUGUGCCAAUAACAGAUUGUGUGGAGGUGCCGCCUACUCCCCCACCGCCCACCACGCGCCCUCUCAAGUGCCCACGUUGCAAAAAGUGUUUGCAGGAGAGCGAGUGGGGCUUGCACUGGCGGCGCCACUGGGAUCGCGACCGCCAGCCCUUCCGCUGCGGCCUCUGCGAGAAGACCUUCCGCGACUCCUACCAGCUCUUCAGGCACGGUCUGGGGCACGAGGGGGGCGCGGCGGGCGCGGCGGGGGCGGGGCGCGAGGCGCGCUUCAUGUGCGACGCGUGCGAGGAGCGGUUCGUGUUCGUGCGCUGCCUGCUGGCGCACCGCGCGCGCGCGCACCCCGAGUGGGGCGGGCGCGCGGCCGCGCUGCGCUGCCCGCGGUGCGCGCGCGCCUUCGCGCACUCCAACUCGCUGCGCCGCCACCUGCGCUCGCACACGGGCGAGCGCAACUUCCUCUGCAGCGAGUGCGGCAAGGCGCUCUCCUCGGCCGAGCACCUCAAGUACCACGCGCGCAUCCACGCCGGCUACAAGCCCAACGUGUGCCGCACCUGCGGCAAGGGCUUCGCCAAGAAGUGCAACCUCACGCUGCACGAGCGCGUGCACUCGGGCGAGCGGCCGCACGUGUGCUCGCACUGCGGCAAGGCCUUCUCGCAGCGCUCCACGCUCGUCAUUCACGAGAGGUACCACAGCGGCGCGCGGCCCUACGAGUGCGCGGUGUGCGGCCGCGGCUUCGUCUCGCGCGGGCUGCUCACGAUGCACCUCAAGAGCAGGUGCUUCGCGCCCGGCGACGAC